AAGCAAGACAGUCUGGCCGCCAGGAUACGCAGUAUGCUUCCCCGAGACCCGCGUCGACGAAAUCGGCGACUUCAGCAUCGUACUCGGGGGUCCGGAGGGGCUUCUCGAUGGAUGAUUCUGCAUCUAGGCUGGUUGUUUGUUCGGGAGUAGCUCGCAGCAAGUGACAUCAGAGAUCUUGAAGUCGGACCGCUGGUCGAAUAUUCCAAGGAAAUUGUGCUCGAGACACAGUACUUGUUUAGAAUUCAUCCUUGCGUUCCGGCGGUACGAUGCACGUACCACAGAAGCCAAGGAAGCUUCGGAAACACGAGACAUUGAGGCGAUGGACAGGUUGUUGAGAGUUGCCAGGGCAACGGUCCAACCGAGCCUACCACAGUAUCAUACCCGUCAGGAAGCCAAGUCACUGGUCCGAAGCCUUCCUCAACAACGCAACAAACUCGGUAUCUGCGUCCGGAAUUCCACCGCCUCCGCCCUCUCAGGAGACAAUGCCUCCCAGUAUACGAACGCGUCUGGCGGGUUGUGCACUGGUAUGCUCAUGGAGCACCUUGGCUCGCUUGCUGGGUCAAGGACAUAUAAGCACAUGCUCGGGCCGAGCAUGGAAACUUUGGGUCGCGUGCAAGAGAGAGGGUUUUACAUUGUCACGGCUUCUGUUGAGAUGAGUUCAUGUUUGAUGGUCCGGCUAGACAUGCUUGCCUCUUUCUAUCCUGUCAGGGGCACUCGUCUUAGUGGUCAAGAAAUAUACACUGGUAAAAACUUCAUGGAGGUUGUCGUCAAAAUGGAGGCGCUCGAUCCAGAUGGAGGAGGGGAGACGCUGAUGCUUGGACACCGGAGGAAGAAGCACUUUUACAAGAUAGACGAAAAUUCAGUUGUAGCAGCGGAAUUGCACGCGACAUAUCUCAAAUGUGGCCAAGAAGAGGAUUCUUUGGCGCGAAGUGACAGGAAAAGGCUGCCAUCAGUCUUUGCGGUGGAAGACGAGAGUGGCAGGACGGUCGUCGUGGGUUGGGUUACCGAGACUCCCGUGGCGGGCUUGGUCGGUGAACUUGUUGUGACGGGUGCAGACGAGUAUUUGUUAAGAAUCUGGCGUAGAUCGCUCCUGAGAAAGACUUCCAUGCGUGGUCGUGGCGCACUCCGGGAAAUUCCGACGCUAUUGACUAGCCAGGUCGAGGGACCAGCGAAGGACUGCUGGCCGGGAUGCGAUGGGAUGCAUCGGCAGCACCAGACUGGCCAGAGGAGCAGUCUUUUGCUGGGAGACGCUGACGACGUCACUUACACACGUGACGUUCUCGAAAACGAAUCUAAUGAAAAUGGAGUGCAGGUAGCCAUUGAAGACUACUUGUGGGGGUGUCGGUGCAGGCGAGACGCUGCACACUCAUAUUGGAAAUGA